CAGAGCCUUUAUCAGGGAGCUGGGACCGAGUUCCUGCCACCUCCCGGAUUCCCUCCACUCUGCUUUUCUCUUCCUGGCAGCUCUGCAGCGCUGUGGGGAGUGGGGAGUCCUCCCGGCCAGAGCAUCAGGCUCGGAGCAGCUCUACAGAGCUGUGUGCUCCUCUCUCCACCCUACCCGAGGCUUAUCCCUUUGUCCUCCCAGACACCAUGAGGAGCACCCUGCUGUUUGCAACCAUCCUGGCCCUUAGCCUGGGUUCAAUCUUUGGGGCUGUCUGUGAGGAGUCACAGGAGCAGGUGGUGCCCAGUGGGACCCACGGCAAGGACUCAGGUCUCUACCAGCUGCCCCCAUCGUUGCUGCGGAGACUCUACGACAGCCGCUCAGUCUCUCUGGAAGGAUUGCUGAAAGUGCUGAGCAAAGCUAGCAUGGAUCCCAAGGAAUCCGCUCUUCCCCAGAAACGUGACAUGCAUGAUUUCUUUGUGGGACUUAUGGGCAAGAGGAACAGCCAACCAGAUAUACCUACUGAUGUGGAUGAAGAGAACAUCUCCAGCUUUGGCACCCUCAAGUAUCCCCUGAGUGCAGAAUGAGAACUCUACUUCUGAACCCCCGGGCUGCAUCACGGAGACACUGUCCCCUGUCCAAUCCCAGGUGCAUGUUACCCUAUUUCCCUUUCUGUUCCUAUUCCUGUAACGUUCUUGUGCUUUGUCCCCUUCCCUAUCCCCUCUAGUAACUGGUGACCAUCCCCAAUCCUAAUGGGCACUGACUGUGGAUUCUUUAGAUUAACUGUAGUUUCUGUAGUGUCCUCCAUUAAAAAUGUCUCUCUCUUCCUCAACAAUAAAGGAUUUUUACAUAUGA